CUGAUCAGUGGUGGUUCUAUUGUAAGUGCUGAGGCAGUAUGGGAUCACGUCACCAUGGCCAACCGGGAGUUGGCGUUUAAAGCAGGAGACGUUAUCAAGGUCCUGGAUGCUUCCAACAAGGACUGGUGGUGGGGUCAGAUUGAUGAUGAAGAAGGAUGGUUUCCCGCCAGCUUCGUGAGGCUAUGGGUGAACCAAGAGGACGGAGUGGAGGAAGGAACCAGCGAAGUGCAGAAUGGCCAUUUGGAUCCAAGCGCCGACUGCCUCUGUCUCGGCAGGACCCUCCAGAACCGAGACCAGAUGAGAGCCAACGUCAUCAAUGAAAUCAUGAGCACAGAGCGCCACUAUAUCAAGCACCUCAAGGACAUUUGUGAGGGUUAUUUAAAGCAGUGCCGGAAGAGAAGGGAUAUGUUCAGCGAUGAGCAGCUAAAGGUCAUCUUUGGCAACAUCGAAGAUAUCUACAGAUUUCAGAUGGGUUUUGUCCGAGACUUGGAGAAACAAUACAACAACGAGGACCCCCACCUCAGCGAAAUUGGACCAUGUUUUCUUGAACAUCAAGACGGGUUCUGGAUCUAUUCGGAGUACUGUAACAAUCAUUUGGAUGCAUGCAUGGAGCUUUCCAAGCUGAUGAAAGAUGGCAGGUACCAGCAUUUCUUCGAAGCGUGUCGUCUGUUGCAGCAGAUGAUUGACAUUGCCAUAGAUGGUUUCCUUCUGACGCCGGUGCAGAAGAUCUGCAAAUACCCCUUGCAGCUAGCAGAGUUACUGAAGUACACCGCGCAGGAUCACAGUGACUACAGGUAUGUGGCUGCUGCACUCGCAGUCAUGAGGAACGUGACUCAACAGAUCAAUGAGCGGAAGCGGAGAUUGGAGAACAUCGACAAGAUAGCUCAGUGGCAGGCCUCCGUUCUGGACUGGGAGGGAGACGAUAUCUUGGACCGGAGCUCCGAGUUGAUCUACACGGGGGAGAUGUCCUGGAUUUACCAGCCUUACGGUCGGAACCAGCAGCGCGUUUUCUUUCUCUUUGAUCACCAGAUGGUUCUCUGCAAGAAGGACCUGAUACGAAGAGAUAUCCUGUAUUACAAAGGCCGCAUAGACAUGGAUAAGUACGAAGUGGUGGAUAUAGAGGAUGGGAGAGAUGAUGACUUCAAUGUCAGCAUGAAGAAUGCCUUCAAGCUUCAUAACAAGGAGACUGAGGAAAUGCACUUAUUCUUUGCCAAGAAACUGGAGGAGAAGCUGCGAUGGCUCAGAGCGUUCAGAGAAGAAAGGAAGAUGGUACAAGAAGAUGAAAAGAUAGGCUUUGAAAUUUCUGAAAAUCAAAAGCGGCAAGCGGCAAUGACAGUAAGGAAAGUCAGUAAGCAAAAAGGUGUCAGCUACUCCAGGUCGGUUCCUCCAGCCUACCCACCACCCCAGGAUCCAUUAAAUCAGGGACAAUACAUGGUGACAGAUGGCAUAUCCCAGUCCCAGGUCUUCGAGUUCACCGAACCCAAACGCAGCCAGUCACCAUUCUGGCAAAACUUCAGCAGAGAGUGAGAAUGAGACAUCCAUAAUUUUUAUGAGAAGAUGCUUCCUAAAUAUUCAGCACUAGGAAAAAAGAAACCCCCCCGCCACACCAUUAUUUGCAUCAUAAAUCAAGACUCGCUUGAUCUGACAAGGCCACUUGUUGGACUCGCAGCUUCUUCCUUAAAUGGAAAGCCAAACCAGACUAGCGUUGCUAGCCCUUGCCCAAGCCAGGUGGCCGGCAAAGCAGAUGCAGGCGUUUGCUCCAGAGGAAAGAGGGGCUUGGCUCUCAGUCAGGACAUUCAAGCAAGCUCUUCCCCUCCAUAAAUUGCCAAGGUGCUGCAAGAGAUGGCGCGUUAUCGCAAAGAAGAACCAGCACCGGGUCCCACUUUUGCUGCCUGCCGUGGCUUUCGCGCUAGGGAGCAGGGUUGGGCCGCCUCGGGCGCUCCAAAGCUCUGGACGCAGCUCAGAUGAUGCCACCAGAGUGGGGUGAUCCUGACUGAGCAUCCGAUAGAGACUUUCAUUUCAGUGCCAGACAGGAGGAACCCACAUACCAUUCCCUACGCAGAAAACAAGACAGUUGUAACGAACUUACGUGUUUACGGUAUUUCUCUG